UAAUGUUAACUCAUGCGGAGCUUUUGUUAGCUGCGCCAAAGCUUUUGCUAUGUUAAAAGGUUUUCUGUUCGUAUUUGAAUGUUAAGAAAUAUGAAUUUGUCGAUCAAGCAACGCUAUCAGCUCAGUAUGGCAGCAUAGGAAAUGCAUAUUAAUCGAUAAGUCUGAAUCACAUCUCUAAUAAUUGUAAUUUUGUUUUGCUUGCUUGCAACCAAGCUAGAAACAAUAAAUAUGACAUUUACUUUCGCCAUCGCUUGCUUGGAGGCGAAAAAACAGCAGAUAGUGCAUCAGCGCAGAGUAAAUAAAACCUCCAGAGCAAACACGUGUGUGCUCAGUCUGCCGGAUGCGCGAUUCAUAAAACUAUUUCGAGUAGACAAGGAAACGUUUAAGUGGAUAUUGCGCAAAAUCCAACCGGAUUUUACACUGUCCUACCUAACGCCAGCGCUUCAGCUGGCCGCAACUCUCCACUUCCUAGCCACCGGCUCCUACAAGUUGUCCGUCUCAAAGAAUCGUCCCGUCAACAUUGGCAGGAGCACAUUUAGCAGAAUACUGCACAAUGUGAUUCCCCUAAUGGAGGCGGUGCUGUGCCGGGAAGCGAUUACAUUGCGAAUGACCCAGCAGCAGAUAAAACAAUCCCGCGACUACUUUUAUGAGAACUAUCAGCUGCCCAGAGUCGUCGCUUGCGUGGAUGGAAUGCAAAUCAAAAUCCUGAAGCCGGUGCGGGAUGAAACAAUCUACUUUAACGAUAAGGACUAUUACAGCAUCAAUGCUAUGCUGGUGUGCAACUACAACAUGGAGAUCCUGGCAAUAGACUGUACGCAUCCUGGCUCGUGCAGUGACCAUUAUAUCUGGAGCAAUAGCCAAGCCAGGGAAUAUUUGUCGCGCAACGUGAAAUGCCAUUAUGUUCUGGCCGAUACGGCUUAUGCGCUGGAAAACUAUGUUUUAACACCAUACAGAAACGCUGACCAGGAUUCGAUGGAGCAGCGUUUCAACGAGAGGCAUGCUGCAGCACGAUCUGUUGUGCAACGCACCAUUAAUCUGCUCAAGAGCCGAUUUGGAUGCAUGCAGCGCGCCUUGAUGUAUGACGCCAGGUUUGUGGCAAAUGUCGUCAAUGUGUGCUGUGCCUUGCACAAUAUUUGUCGCAGGCGUAGGACGCCAAUCGAUGAAAAAGAAAUUUUACACGAGCAGAUGGACGAGUUUGAUGGGGAAAUAGAGUACGAGGACGACGACACUGGCGCACUGUUGCGGGACGAAAUAGCAUGCGCACUUCGCUGACAAUGUUAAUAUUUGCAUUUAGAAUAAAUAGGCCAAAAGUAGUCAGUAUUAUUA